GUGGCCCCGGGCAGCAGCCGGCCGGAGGAUGCAGCGCCUGGCGCUAACUUUCCUCGCUUUGCCGCUGGUGCUCCGCGCCGCUCCGGGAGUUUCCUGGUGCUACGAUUCACAGGAUCCCAAAUGUGGCCCCAGGUACUGGAAGGAUCUGGCAAAGGGCUGUGGAGGAGAUAACCAGUCGCCUAUUAACAUUGACAGGCGCAAAGUGCAGAGGGACAGGAAUCUAGGAGACGUCCUCUUUGACGGCUAUGACCAGGCCCCGCCGGGCAAGUGGAGGCUCAUGAACAACGGGCACACGGUGGUGAUGAGACUGGAAGGUGUGUCUGCGAGCGAACAUAUCAAUAUCACCAUUGGAGUGCUGCUUGAGAAGUACCGAGCCCUGCAGUUCCACUUUCACUGGGGGAACCUCGAGGGGAAUGGCUCGGAGCACACCAUUGAUGGACACCAGUUCCCCAUGGAGCUGCAUCUUGUUCACAUGAACACCAAGUACAAAACCUUCAACGAGGCCAAAGGGCAUCCGAAUGGGUUGGCCGUCCUGGGCUUCUUGUACAAGGUGUCGGAUGUUGAUAACUCCAAUUACAACACGAUUGUAGCUGGCCUGAAGAACAUUUCCCGUCAAGGGGAUUUGGUGGAUUUAGCAUCCACAUUUUGCUUGAACAACCUUCUUCCCAGCAUGGCCAAGCUGUCCAAGUACUACCGCUAUCAGGGCUCCCUGACCACCCCAGACUGCGCGGAGGUUGUCGUCUGGACGCUCUUUGAGGAACCCAUCCCUAUCAGCCAGUCUCAGCUGAACGCAUUUGUCAACACAGUUCACUUCCCGGCCAAUGGCAUCGGCACCUCUUUGGCGAAAAUGACCAACAACUUUCGACCGCCACAGCCUCUCAAGAACCGAAAAGUCUAUGCGUCCAGAGAUGCCACAAUCAGCUGCAGUGCCAUGCCCAGUGUCAGCCUCCCUCUCCUUCCUCUGCUCUUGGUUUUCCAGAUUGUCCACUUCUCAGGUCCCUCCUAAAGGCCCCUCCCCUGACUCCCUCCCUUCUUUUUCAUGAAUGAUUUGUGAUUAUUUUAUGAUGUCUUCAUAUCAGUGAUUCCACACUGUGAUCAUUUUCUAGCCACAGGACUGAAAGCGAUGAAUGAAAUGAAAGCAGAUUGGCCGGGGGUACUGGGCCAGACCAAAGGUCCAUCUAGCCCAGUAUCCUGUCUUCUGACAGUGGCCAAUGCCAGAUGCCUCAGA